GCUGCCCCUCACUGCGGCUCUGUGCUGUCAGUAGUGGACAUGCACACAGGUGGAGAACCGCUGCCGAUCAUCCUGAGUGGCUUUCCAGAGGUGAAGGGCGACACCAUCCUUGCCAAACGGCGUUACGUGAGAGAGCAUCUCGAUCAUCUUCGCAAGGUCUUAAUGUUGGAGCCCCGUGGACAUAAUGAUAUGUAUGGAGCCCUCCUGGUCAAAGUGGAGUUAGCAGAAGCUGACCUGGGCGUCCUGUUUCUGCAUAAUGAAGGCUACAGCACCAUGUGUUGGCCACGCUGUCAUUGCCGCUCGGACCGCUUCGCUGUUGAUUAUGGUCUGGUUAAAGAGCCCACUUCACCAGAGACGCAGAUUAACAUACACUGCCCCUGUGUUGUCAAGGCCUUUACGCAAUAUGCCGAUGGGAAAACUGGAGCUGUCAGGUUUUACAGUGUGCCCGCAUUCGCUUUCGCUACAGAUGUGAGUGUCGCUGUAGAGGGAUACGGGACCGUCACUGUGGACAUCAGUUAUGGUGGAGCUCUUUAUGCUUUUGUGAGUGCUGAGAAGUUUGGAAUGGAUGUCAACAAGUCCAAAACUAGAGAUUUGGUGGAUGCAGCCACUGCUGUGAGCGAGGCUGUCAAAUCACAGGUGAAGCUGUAUCAUCCAGUCAGUGAAGAUCUGGCCUUCCUCUAUGGCACAAUCCUUACAGACGGCAAAGAUGCUUUUUCUGAAGAGCCCACAGCCAAUGUGUGUGUGUUUGCUGAUGCGCAGGUGGACAGAAGCCCUACAGGUUCAGGCGUCACUGCUCGAGUAGCUCUUCAGUACCAUAAAGGCCUGAUCGGACUGAACCAGACCAGAAGCUUCCAGAGCGGAGCUACAGGAUCAGUGUUUACAGGAACAGCAACAGAGGAGACCACGUGUGGAGAUUUCAAGGCUGUGGUAGUGGAGGUUAAAGGUCAUGCACACUACAGCGGUGUGGCCACCUUUACCCAGGAGAGUGACGACCCUCUGAGUGGAGGAUUCCUUUUGCGCUGAAUCAGUGGAUUUUCAGUUUACAACAUGCAUUUCUGACUGAAUAAUGAACCUCCUAAUGUAGAAACACUUUCAGAUAUUAGGUAAAUAGUGUGCUGUGACUGUUACCUGUUUACAAGACUAGUAAAUAAUUUGAUACUCUAAUUUGAUGUACGGAUCACUUUUUAAAUGUCUGAAACAUUUCAUUAAUUAUUCUGCUCAAAUAAAGAGGAAUAAAUUUAAGGUCCCACUGAA